AGUUUAGCUAUGGAAGCUAAACCAAGUCAAGGCCUUUACCCACUGCACCGUUGCAAAACCAUACAUCUGGUGAGGCAUGCUCAAGGGAUUCAUAAUGUAGACGGAGGGAAGAACUUUGAUGCUUACUCAUCUGAGGAGUUCUUUGACGCACAUCUUACACCUCUCGGAUGGGAACAAGUUGAUAAUUUGCAUAGGCAUGUUAAGACAAGUGGGAUAUCCAAUAGAAUUGAGUUGGUCGUUGUGUCAACUCUCCUCAGGUAAUUUAGAAUCG